GUGAGACUAAUUUCAAAGUGAAAACAACUUCAAUAAUGAAAUAUAGCUUAAGUAUUCGUAAUUACUCAAAAAAAUAUUUCAUGAAAUUCUCACAGGUUCAGCCGGGGAGAAACUGUCCGUCGGAAGUAAUCGUUUUCGUCUGGACCUUGUCAUUUUGAAGUUAAUUUUGUUUGUGAUUACAAAUCGGAAAGAAAUUUUGAGUUCAAUUUUAUUUUUUUUGUAGAAAAAGCCUUGCAAAUCUUUAUUUAUCUACAAUGGCGAGUAAAGCUAAACCUCGACCAAAAAGAAAGAAGCCUGCUCCAAAUCCAAUGGCUGAUCUUGGUCUUUUUGAUAUUCCAAAUCUGGAUCUAGAGGCUGAUGAUGACGAUAGUGAUGUUGAUGAAGGUAGUCUUGAAAGUGAGCUUGCAGCCUUGAUGUCUGGUCAAGAGAUAGGAAGACCAAAACGAGUGCCUAAAGCACCUCCCCCAGCAUUAGAUAUUGAAAGACUUGCAGCAGAUUGCUUAAAAGAUGAUGAAGACGAGGAUGACGAAGACGAUGAGGAUCUUUUGGCAAAUGAAGACUUAUUGAAAGAGCUACAGAAGCUUUCACCUGAUGAAGAAGAAUGUGCUGAUAUGCCUGAAGAACCACCUAUAAGUCAUGAUGAAAAAAGAACUUCUAUUUCCAAAGAAACUUCUGGAAACGCUAUUUUACAAGAACUACAAGACAGAUUAAAGUUAUAUAAUGAUGCUAUUCAAGCUGCUAAAGAAAUGGGUGAUAACUCAAAAGUUCGGCGCUAUGGGAGGGCUGUUAAAACUUUAGAGAGCAUGAUCAAAGUGGCUAAAGGAGGCGGUGUUGUCAAUCAAGAAGAUGUUCCACCUGUUGUUAGCAUUCCAAAAGCGUCAGCUGCAAAACGACCUGAGAAUCAGUCUACAAUAGAAAUGCCAAAAACUGUGAAUGAUGCUGCUGAACCUAAGCCAAAUACCGAAGCAAAACCUCUGCCUGAGCCAUUAUCUGAAAUGGAUACUAGUGGUAAAGGUCAUGUUCCUUCAUCUCUGACUGCAUUGUUGAUGUCCAGGAAAAAUGAGUAUAAAAUGGCUGCUUUAAAUGCUAAAAAAGCUGGGAAUAAAGAAUUAGCAAUGGAAUACAUGAGAACUGCUAAAGGAUUUGAUGCAGUUAUAGAAGCAGCUAAUGCCAAUCAACCUGUUGACUUAUCAAAUUUACCCCCUCCAAUAGGUAGCAAAACUAUUACUUCUGGAGCUAUUCCUUCAAAGAAAACUGAAGAUCAAGUGCAAAAUUCAUCAGCUAUGGAAAUUGCAGCAUUAGCUGCUGCAGAGAAUGAUGAGGAACAACCUGCCAUAUUUUCUGCUCCUCCUGCUCCAUCUUCAAUAUUGGAAUGUCUUCAACAACGCUUAGAAAAAUAUAAAUCUACUAAAGAAGCAGCUCAGUCUGAAGGAAAUAGUGGUAAAGUUCGGCGUUUGGAUAGAAUUGUAAAAUCUUAUGAAACUGCUAUUAAAAACUACAAAGCUGGACGAAAAGUAGAUUAUGAUGAUCUUCCUUGUCCUCCAGGUUUUGGUCCAUUUCCUGUUGAAGGCAAUAGUGCAAGUACCCCAUCUACUGAAGACAAGCCUAAAGAACCAAAAUCGACUCCAGCAGCUAAAGCAAGUGCUGCCCCUAAUCCGGUUGUUCCAACUAAAAAAGCUACUGCUCCGCAAGUUCCUGUACGAAAGCCAAAAGUUCAAAGAACAACAACAUUUACUGGUGAAAAGCAGUUAGAAUUUCUGUUAGAAAGACAAAAAUUGUUCAGGGAAGCUGCUAUUUCUUCAAAGCAAGAAGGCAAUAUUCAACAAGCAAAAGAAUACCUGAAAAUGAUGAAGGGCUUUGAUAGUAUGAUUGAAGCUGUUAAAAUGGGUUUACCAAUUGAUACAACACAGAUUCCUACUCCUCCUCAACUUGAGUCAUCAGAUUUUGUCAUUGUUGAUGCUUUGGACUGCGAAGAAAAUAAUACAAGUGAUCUUAGCCUGGAAGAAUUGUUUGAAACUCUCAUAAAAGAUUUAACUAACCAGUUGGAGAUUUGUAGGCGAAAUAAAGAAUUCUUUUUACAUCUUGGCGAUGUGACCUCGGCAUCAAAAUUUGAAAAAUUGGCCUUAGAAUCAAAGAAAGACUUAUCUGUAGUACAGCAUUUAAAAAAGACUAAUCAAUCUGUACCAAAGUUUCAUUAUGAAACACGUCUCUUUUCCAUGGUUGUCUGCAACACAGAACUAGCUGACAAUGAACUUGAAGUAACCGUUGCAAGAGGGAUUAACUUACCUGGAAAACAGGAUGAACUUGAUUCUUUUGUCAGGGUAGAAUUCCCUAUACCAAAUGAAACACCGCAAACAGCAAAAACUCAUACCAUCAAGGAUACAAACAAUCCUGAAUUUGAAGAAACAUUCAAGUUUGAAAUAAAUCGAAAGUCUAGAUCACAACUGCGUCUUUUCAAGAGGCACUCGCUAAAAUUAGAAGUUUUUCAAAAGGGUUCUUUUUUAUGUUGCAGUGGUUUUUUACGCAGCGAUAAGUUGCUCGGGACUGUUUCAGUCAAAUUACUUGAUUUGGAGUCCAAGUGCAUAGUGCACGAUAGUUUCAAUCUGAUGGAAGGCAGAAAGAAUAUUGGGGGUUCAUUGGAAGUUAAGAUUCGCAUCCGGGAUCCAUUGCUUGGAAAACAAGUGGAAGAAGUUAAAGAGAAAUGGCUUAUAAUUGGAAGUUAAGAACCUGUGAUAACAUAGUGUAGAUACAUUUAUAUAUAUAUAUUUUAAUCUAUCUCAGAACUCUAAGCGCCUUACAGAUAAAGAGCCUUGUAUUUAUUUUAAUUGUAAAAAUGUAAUAAAGUUUUGCUUGCUAUAUGUUUAAGUUUAAUUUUAUAAAAAAAAUUUCAUAUAUUUUCUCUUAAAAAUGUCUUUUCAAACAUUGUUACAUAAUUUCCUAAUUUUUGCAGCCAGUUUAAUUGUUUUGAGUUAGGCACCUAAAUCUUUACAAUUAAAUAUAAAGCAGCUAAGAUUUUGACAUUUUACUAAAAAUAAUAAUUAAAUUUGUAUUAUUAACAGUGAACUUAAACCUUUUUAUAUAUCACUUACACUCAUUUGAGAUUAUUUUGUAGCCUACAAUAUUGUUAAAAUUUGUUGCAAAAAAUUUUUUGUCACUAUUUCAGAAUAUUUUUGAUGAGCAUGCUUUUCACUGUAAUAAUCAAAUGUGAUAUUAAAUAACAUUUACUUUUUCUUUCA